ACACCGAGCCAUCACCAACUCUCAUUCCCUCCGAGCUAGCUAGGCGCCCGUACUCCUCGAUCUUGCUCUCGUCUCUUCCUUCGGCAUGGGGAACUUCGCGUCCUGCACGCUCGCCAGGAUCCCCGGAGCGGCCAAGGGCGCCAGAGUCGUGCUCCCGGACGGUGGGGUGAGGCUGGUCAGGCCGCCGGCGACAGCGGCCGAGCUGAUGCUCGAGGCGCCCGGCCACUUUCUGGCCGACGCGCGCGCGCUGCAGGCGGGGCGGCGGAUCGCGGCGCUCGCCGCGGACGAGGACCUCGAGCUCGGCGGCGUCUAUGCGGCGUUCCCCAUGAAGCGGCUCGGCUCCAAGGCCGCGCCCGCGGACCUUGCGCGCCUGGCCGCCGUCUUCACCAGGGACAGGGAGGCCCAUGCGCGGAGGCCCGCUUCCGCCAAGGUGGCCGCCAUCCUCGUCGUGGCGCCGCCCGAGGUGGCUUCAGUUCCGGCGGCGGAGGAUGACGCCUCACUCAGGGCGCCACGGCUUGAUGAGAUGGCCGUCGACGACGAGGCGGCCGCGGCAGAGAUCGGAGAGCUCAAGCAGCGGAUAAGCUGCGGUCGCUCGUCCAGGCGGCGGCCGACGCUGGAGACCAUACCUGAGGAGAGCUACGCGCUAGCAGUAUGCUAAUGCUACAGCUCAAUUUAGCUAGCCACGUCCGUAACAAAAUGAGAGGAUGGCAAAGGCCUUCUCUUGUAUUCUUUUUUUCUCUCCAUUUUUUUGACCCUGUGUAAAAUUUGCUGCCUCUUUUUCAUGUAUUUUUGAGCGACGAAAGGGCAUUUGAACAAAAACAAG